AUGGACAGUGUUCAUGGCACUCAGCCUCACGAGGCUCCACGGGUCAACCGAUAUGCCGUAGCGACAAGUGUGAUGAUUACAACGAGUUCAUUUGCAUAUGGGUAUGCUGGGGCAAUUAUCGCUACUACGCUUACCCAGCCACCUUUCGUUGAGACAAUGGGUCUCAACACAGCAUCCGGUUCCGAUUCGUUAAUUGGUGCCAUCAAUGGUCUUUACUAUGCUGGGGGAGUUUUCGGUGCUUUCAUAGCCGGCUGGAUGUCCAAUAGGUGGGGACGAAAAAUCGCAACAACAGUGGGCAAUAUUUUCGUUCUCAUUGCAGGUGCUAUCAUGACGGGAUCUGUUAAUCCAGCCAUGUUCAUCUGCUUUCGCUUCAUCAGCGGCAUUGGUUCCUUUAUGAUUCUCUCGACUGUUCCUGUUUGGAUAGCCGAACUCGCACCGCCCCAAAUACGAGGUGUCAUCGUGGAUAUUCACGCAGUCGCCAUGCUGGCUGGGUAUACUGUCGCGACGUAUGCCGGUCUGGGCUUCUUCUUCGCCCCAGUCAGCGAUAACUGGCGAGGGUCUAUGGGCCUGUCCGUGGCAUGGCCAUUUUUGGUUCUCUGCGGAAUAUAUUGGAUUCCAGAAUCUCCACGAUUCCUCAUUGCAAAAGGUCGCAAAAAUGAGGCAUGGGAAAUUAUACAAAAAACACAUGCAGAUUCAGUUCGAGAUCCAACCGAUGAAUACGGCAAGCGAGAGUUCUACCAAAUUCAAAAGCAAGUAGAAGUGGAUAUCACCCUCGAAAACACAUACUGGGAAAUUUUGAAGAGACCGAGUUUCAGACGUCGAGUUUGGAUGACUGUUUUCUUAGAAUUUGCCAUUAUGAGCUCCGGCAUUCUGGUAAUUCUUAAUAAUGGCUCGAUUAUUUGGCGACGUCUUGGUUUUGAGACCAUGCAAAUCCUCAAUCUACAAGCUGGUUUCCAGAUCUGCGGCUUAAUUUUCAACUUGGUCGCCAUGACUUUUGUGGACCGUGUGAAACGGAGUUGGCUCAUUGCAAUAGGUCUUAUGGGAUGUGCCCUGGUGAUGAUGCUAGAGACGAUCCUCCAGUGUCUCUACCUAGACAGCUCCAGCAAGGCCGGUCUUGCGGCAGCCGCAGCCAUGAUAUUCACCUUCCAGGUUGUUUACUCUCUUUUCCUGGACGGAGCUACCUUCUUCUACAUUGCCGAAAUUUGGCCCAGUCAUUUAAGGCCACAGGGAUUUGCAAUUGGAAUGGCCACUCUUUGCCUUUCCAAUCUCAUGUGGCUCCUUGCGGCUCCAACUGCCAUGUCCAAAAUUGCAUGGCGGUAUUAUUUGUUUUUCAUUUGUAUUCCAGCGAUUGGUGCAGCGGUGGUGUUCUUUUACUACCAAGACACGCUUGGAAAACCUUUGGAAGAAAUUGCAGCCAUGUUCGGUGAUGAUGACUUGGUGGCUAUUUACCAACACGACCUAGAUGCUGCCGAUCUCGAAUUGAACAAUUUUGAACACGGGCAUAACACCGAAGGCAAAUCUGUCAUAGUCGAGCAGCUUGAAUAG